AUGAUGAAUAUUUAUACUAAAUUUAUUUUUCGAUUACCAUCCAAUGUUGGACGUCUUCUUCUACAACAACAACAAAAAAUUAAUUCAUCUAUACCAUUACUAACAACUUCUAUAAGAGAAGCAAGUACUGGUUCAGCACUUGAAUAUGAUGCACCAAAUGCUUAUAAACUUCAUAUGCUUGAUCAAGGACCAAGUACUCAUGUAUCUUGUACUCGUGAUGAAGGUUUAGAAUUUUAUAGAAAGAUGCAAGUUGUACGUCGAAUGGAAGCAUCAGCUAAUAAUAUGUAUAAAGCAAAAUUAAUACGAGGUUUUUGUCAUUUAUAUUCUGGACAAGAAGCUGUUUGUGUUGGAAUGAAAGCAGCUAUGGAUAAAAAUGAUUCAUUAAUAACUGCAUAUCGUGCUCAUGGUUGGACUUAUAUGAUGGGUGUAUCAGUAACUGGUGUACUAGCUGAAUUAACAGGUAGAAAAUCUGGUUGUGCUGAAGGAAAAGGUGGUAGUAUGCAUAUGUAUGCACCAAAUUUUUAUGGUGGAAAUGGUAUUGUUGGAGCUCAAGUACCACUCGGUGCUGGAGUAGCUUUAGCACAUAAAUAUCGUGGAGAAUCAAAUGUAUGUGUAACAUUAUAUGGUGAUGGAGCUGCUAAUCAAGGACAAGUUUUUGAAGCAUUUAAUAUGGCUAAAUUAUGGUUAUUACCAUGUAUAUUUGUAUGUGAAAAUAAUGGUUAUGGUAUGGGUACAAGUACAGCACGUGCUAGUGCUAAUCCAAAUUUUUAUAAACGUUGCGAAUAUAUACCUGGUAUAUGGGUUGAUGGUAUGGAUAUUCUUGCUGUACGUGAAGCAACAAAAUUUGCACGAGAUUGGUGUAUAUCAGGAAAAGGUCCAAUUAUUAUGGAAAUGGCAACAUAUCGUUAUUUUGGUCAUUCAAUGUCUGAUCCAGGAACAAGUUAUCGAACUCGUGAAGAAAUUCAAGAUGUACGUAAAAGUCGUGAUCCAAUAACAUCAUUUCGAGAAAAAUUGCUCAAUGCUAAAGCAGUAACUGAAGAAGAAUUUAAAGAUAUUGAUAAUGAAGUAAAAAAAAUAAUUGAAGAUGCUGAAAAUCAUGCACAAAAUGAUCCUGAAUUACAUGUUGAUGAAUUAUAUUCUCAUGUUUAUUCAGUUCCACCACCAAAUUUUAAAAUACGUGGAUGCGAUAAUUUUACCUAUAAAGAAAUCUCAAAAUAA